AUGGUGUGAUGUGAUGCUGUAUUUAGUUAGUACGUUCCAGCACGCCCAUGGCUUCGGUUUGGAAUGUUCAAACAGAGCUCAUUUCAUAAUUUUAUGCCCUUCACGCCAGGGAAUGCCGAGCUUGCCAGCCAGCAAGGUUACGUACACAUGCCGCUUUCUCUUUUCUCAAGUCGAGAGAUGCAGCUUUCAUCCGCUUCACUGCCGUCAUGAAGCCUUAUCACGUUCCGUAUAAAGACUGCGUAAGGAUAGCCUGAGUCAAUGUCGCAGUGAACAACAUAAUCACGAUAUGCUUUCUUUACAGAUGAGUUGCGGUUAUCCCAGCGGAAGUCUUAUUUCAGCCGCUCGUCGUCCGAUCAUUGAAAGAUCUUUCUUUGUGCAGCUCAAGCCGUUGAAGGGGUAUCUUGAAGCUGCAAAUCGCCGGCGUCGGGACGCCGUCUAUCGUGCCCGUGAAGUGAGGAAGACGAUGUACAGCAUGGCUUCAGCCGAAGGAACAGCUACAUUGACGGGAAAGGAUUCAUUUGUCGACAAUCCCAAGGUCGUCCAUGCGAAAGAUGAAGGAGCGAAGACUUCAAGCAGCGAUACUAAGGAAUCUCCAAUGGUCUAUGACCGUGCCAGUGACCGUGAGCUGUCCCCGAUUGAAGGCUACCCCGGAAUUCUCGUUAAGGCGCUCCGUCCCACUUCCAUGAUCUUCAGAUUCUCAGCGGGAUUCAUUGAGCCAGCUCACCAUCAUACACUGACUCAUGACGUGUACCUGAUUUCUGGACGCCAGAUCGUUCAGAACGUGACGAAAGGAACCACUCUUGAGGUUAAUGCAGGCGACUUCCUGUCUACGCCUGGAGGAGACGUGCAUCGUGUGCUGUACCUGACGGAUGCUGAGCUUUUUGCCAAGUUUGAUGGAACGGAUGACAUGGCUCUUCCUGAGAAGAAUAAGUUGGAGAUUGUUGAAACCGUGGAACAGGCUCGAGAGGCUUUAGGUGACUGGAAUCAACGCAUUGGCGAGAAGUAAGCUUGGUUGGGUAGGUAUUGCACAGAAACUGUCAUGGAUGUGUGAGAUCUGACUCUUUCCCUACUCACAGAAGCUGAUGGAAUGCCGUGGAUGAUCAAUUAUGGCCUGUAUAGAUUCGGGUGACAAUAUGUAGUCCGAGACAUGCGAAAGGUGGAAUGCCAGAUGCAGGUUGUUGAAAAGGAAUCCGAGAUGGAUGAGGAUGGUUGGAUUGAACUUGGAAACCCACAAGACGG